UCGUUCUCGCGAAUGCCAAUUUAAUAAUGAAUCGCUAGACAUAAAGUUAGUCUCUUUGUUCAUUCCACCGGAUUAACAAGUCAGUCUUCACAGAAAUAAGCGCCCAUCGACAGUUUCGCCGUCAACAUGGAUGAUGAAAAUGCAUCAGCUGACGUCAUCGUUAAGGACACUCGGGGAGCCGAACCUCUGAAUAUCGUCGAUGAUUUCCAACGGCGCAAACUGCAACUGUACAAGCACUGGGUUCGCCCGAAGUUUUUACAGUAUAAUUACAUGUACAACUAUCGCCAUAACUAUUAUGACGACGUCAUUGAUUACCUGGACAGACGCGCUCGUGGAAUGCCUGGCGAAAUUCCCCGUCCACAGUACUGGGCCGAGCGUGUUUUGCGGACUGAGAGAAAGACACCGAAGAGCAUUGAUGACAUGUACAAUUACACCAACAUCGGCCUGAAGCGGGAUGAUCGGAAAUUUACACACACCCUAAGUAAUCAGAUCAAAUCUUACAAUUUCCACUCGAAGCGCUACAUUAACAGCAAAUACGCACGAAUUUUGUAAAUGGCACCAGCACGAAAAAAAAACGAAUGGAAAACAAAUCGACAGCUCGCUUCUCUAACUAAUCAAUGCUUUAAAACCUCUAAAGGCAGAGCGGAGUAGAUGACGUAACCUAUUACAAUGAACAAUUUGGGCCCGUCACAAAUGCUUUACCCGCAGCAACUGGCACCAACAACACUGCCUGCCAAAAAAAUAGCAAAUCUCCAGUACCCGAGAUCUUAUUCAACGUCUCCAACAUAAUCUGCUCCCCAAAAUUUUCCUUUUCCCACAUGACCUAGAAACUUUCAAAUACUAACUUCCAAAAAGUAAAAAUAACAGAGAGACUACAACAAUUAACGAAAACAAACAAACGACUUUUCUUUUGUAUAACUGUUUACUUCAACAUAAUCUGAAGAAAACCCGUUUCGUAUAGCACAAACAUAAAUUCGUUGAAGUAAAUGGUUCUAACACAAACUAUUGUAUCAAAUAAGACGGCUUGCACUAAUCAACCAACUAUACAGCAUACCGCCAUUACUUUGCAAAACUAUAUGCAUCCCUUAGGCCUAAGAGAAAAAACGCAAACCCCUUUGCGGGAAGCCCAGCAGAAUAACCUAAAUAUUGUUUUGAACUAUAUGCGCGCACUUUAACCUUUAAACAAUAAGUUAUAAUAAUCUCUUGCUUUAGCUGCUAUUAUAUACAUGCCCGAGACUAUAAUUUUAAUGAUUUUAUUUUACACUAAUCUCUAUUCAGUCAGACUAUAAACUGUCAGAUAUUUCAAUACUUACACAUUUUAUAAUAUUAUAGGUAGAAGUUCUAGCAUGAAAUUAUACAGCAUCUAUCGGAACUGGUGAAAAGCUGAGUGAUUUCAUCACAUUUUCUGCUCUUUCAAAUGAAGCUCUAUUGAUACCAACCAUACAGCAGUGGGUGUGAAUGAUCACUAGUGUUUUUGAGCGCGUUCCAAACACCAUCAACUAGAACCGAAAGGAACAACAGCAAAAACAACAACAACAACAACAACACCUUACACCAGCCAGCGUGUGAUUUCAACAUUGUUUACGAGUAAUUUUUUCUUAACAAUCAUGCCAACAUAUUCAAUACAACGUGAAUCUAGACUACAUCCACCAGAGAUCAUGGAUUGAUAAUCAUAGGUCCAUUCAAAUCCCAGAACAUCCGGGUUCGAUUUUUAUAUAUUUAUUCUAUCAAAUUUUUUUAUUCAAUAUUUUAUAACUAUAUUCUGUUUUUGUAUCUUAUCGUUCACUUAUUAUAUUAUUUAUCUCUAUUGA